AUGGCAGCUCUCCUUGUCCCCUCGCUCGUAUUGAUCGGGGUGCACGCCAGCAUCGAAGACCCGUCUAUCAGCCCGACACCUCCCAUGGGCUUCAACGACUGGUCGCGAUUCGAAUGCGCCAUCAACCAGACCCUCUUCGUCGAGACAACCGACGCCAUGCUCUCCCGAGGCUUCCUCGCAGCAGGAUACAACCGCAUCAACAUUGACGACUGUUGGCCAGCACACGAGCGUCUGCCCAACGGCUCCCUGACCUGGAACGAAACUCUCUUCCCUAACGGACUCCCCUGGCUCGCAAACUACGUCCACUCGAAGGGGUUUCACUUCGGCAUCUACGAAGACGCCGGCAAUGCGACAUGUGGUGGCUACCCGGGCACGCUUGGACACGAACAGCUCGACGCAGAGACGUUUGAGAACUGGGGAAUCGACUACCUGAAACUGGACGGGUGUAAUGUCUUUCCCUCGACGGAGCAGCGGUAUCAAGAUAUCUAUGGUGAAUGGCACCAGGUCUUGACCGCCUUGCAGCAUCCUUUGAUCUUUUCCGAGUCAGCCCCGGCGUACUUUGCUGGGACGAGGAAUAACACCGCCUGGUAUGAGGUGAUGGAUUGGGUGCCAUUGUACGGCGAACUCGCCCGUCACUCCACCGACAUCGCAGUCUACGAUUACUACGGCAACGACUCGGCCAAAUACUGGGACAGCGUGAUGACCAACUACGGCUUCGAAGUACUGCUGGCAAGAUACCAGCAACCAGGCUACUACAACGAUCCAGAUUUCAUCAUCCCCGACUGGCCCUGGUUGACGCUGGACGAGCACAAAUCGCACUUCGCCCUGUGGGCCUCCUUCUCCGCGCCGCUCAUCAUAUCAGCUUGGGUGCCCGGGCUUGCGGACGAUGUGGUUGAGUUCCUCACGAAUACCGACAUCAUCGCCAUCGACCAGGAUGCACUGACUCUGCAGGCUACUCUGGUCAGCAGCGACGAAAACUUCGACGUGUUGACCAAGAACCUCGCGAAUGGCGAUCGACUGUUGACCGUACUGAACAAGGGCGACAACACCAACACUACGAGCGUCACCGCAGCACGCAUCGGUCUCGUCGGCGACGGCCCAUACACAGCCAAAGACCUGUGGACCGGCGAGUCGAGCGCCUUCACCAGCGAGAUGAAAACCACCCUCUCCACGCACGCCACGGGAAUCUACCGCAUCUCCGGCGUGAACGCGACAAUCCCCACAGGCAUGAUCUUCAACACCGCCAACAAGCGCUGCAUGACCGCGCACCAGAACGCGCACGUAACGUUCACGCAAUGCGACGCCUCCGAUGCGCAAGUCUGGCUCGUGUCGGCGCAGGGAGGCAUCUCCCCGCUCUCCGCACCAAGCAUGUGUCUCGCGCAAUCGAGCGGCGGCGUGGCGUUGGGCUCGUGUAGCGGAUCGAGCGCGACGUGGACAUAUCAUGUGACCGGCAAUCUAAUCAAUAAUGCAUCGGGGCAGUGUUUGCAGGAACGCAACCAGCAUGCGAAAGCGGCGACAUGUGGUGUUGAGCUUGAUCAGCAGGUUUUCGCACUGCCGAGUGGCGUCGAUGUAAUCAGGGGAAAUGUAGUAUGA